AUGAUAACAUUCACUCCCACUCAGCACAAGGCGGUCUAUCCGGCCAUUAAUGCGAGCCAGCCAGAGCUCUCCCAGGCUGGCCGGACCAUCCUGAUUACGGGGGCAUCCUAUGGCAUCGGCUUCGCGGCCGUGCAGGGCUUUGCAAGUGCCUCUGCCGCCCGAAUCAUCCUUUUGGCCCGCCAGCGAGAUUCUCUGGCCUCAGCUUGCGAGCGGCUACGCGCACAGAAUCCAUCUUUCCAGGGCGAGUUAAUGACAUAUGUAUGCGACAUCGGCGAUGCAAUCCGCGUGGCCCAGGUAUGGGACGAUCUCAACCAAAAGUCCAUUGCGGUUGAUGUAUUGGUUGUGAAUGCUUGUGAUCCCGGCACCGAAGCGACUCUCGAUGCGAUCCCCUUGCAGCUGGCUUGGAGGGCCUUUGAAGUGAAUGUCCGCGGCAACCUGGACAUGGUGCAGCGGUUUGUCCAGCAGGGGAAGACAGCCGAUUUCGGUGGGAGGACUAGAGCCUUGAUCAAUAUAUCCUCCCGCUUAGCCCAUGACCACGACUCAAGCGUUGGCUACGGGUCCUAUGCGUGCUCAAAAAUUGCAUUCACCUCCAUGAUCCAGCAUCUGGCGACAGAGGUCCCCGUCGAGCAGAUCCAGAUUCUCAAUGUCCACCCGGGAGAGGUGUAUACGGAGGGCCUCCAACGGCUGUGUGAAAAGGACUCCUGGCCCUCGUGGGAUGAAGCAAGCCUUCCCGAGAAUUAUAUCGUCUGGGCCGCUUCGCCUGCCGCAUCUUUCCUGCAUGGCCGCUUCGUCUGGGCCAGCUGGGAUGUCACAGAGCUGAAAAACUGCGAGGCUCUGACAGACGGCAAACCGGAGAACAAGGAUCUGCUCAAACUCGGUGUGAAUGGAGUGGCGUUUACUCUGCCUUCUGCGGCUGUCUUGCUAUCCUGA